CCUAUUUGUUCUACGUCAGAAGAUAUAGGAAGAAGCCAAGCUUCGCUGUUUAGAAACCUACAGCGUCAAAUCAUCAUACGUAUUUGCCUUGACUGGUGACGUUUGCUACAUUUUACAUUCAAUUAAUUGAAUGGCAACGACGGAUACUGUACAGUCGAACCAAUAUUUGAAACCAACCUGUGCCGCUUCAUGCAACUGUAAAGGAUAUCGCGAUGUAAGGGAAGCCAGCACACAAACCGACACCAAAGUACAAGGUCAUGGACCCAGGCUGUCCAAGGUUAACCUCUUCACCCUGCUGAGUUUAUGGAUGGAACUUUUCCCCAAGGAGGAACCAGAAGACAUAAACCAGAAUGAGUUUACGCGGGGUACAGGCCUGGUGGUGGUUCGGGACCAGAGGGUGGUGGGUCUCCACUGCUCCGGUCCAGAGCUCCACGUGGGGCAGGUAGCUAUGAUCAGACACGGGCCCAGGCUGGCUGCCUCAGACCUCUACUUCUCUAGGAGACCCUGCGCUACCUGCCUCAAGAUGCUUAUCAAUGCUGGGGUGAGCCGCAUCUCCUUCUGGCCUGGUGACCCUGAGAUGAGUCUGCUAGCGGUCAGGCCUAAUGGGACGGACUCCAUUUCCCAGGAGGCCAUGCGGGACGCCAUUGCGUCCGAGAAUCUGAAGUCCAACAGCCGGCCCCACAUUAGUGUGGUGGUACAGCCCGUGGCCCCUGGUCUGCAGCAGUUUGUGGAGGAGACCUCCAGGGGGUGUGACUUCAUGGAGAGGAUGUUGGGGGACGACCCCGAAUUGGACGCUGGGGACUUCUACAGGAAGCAGAGGAGACGGAACCUGGACACUUUCUCCGAAGAGUUCCUAAUCCCACACGAACAGUGCCACCGUGACAUUCUCACCAAAAUAGGUCUGGAUAACUUCUGCACGGAGCCGUACUUCUCCAACCUGCGUCAGAACAUGAGGGAGCUGGUCGGGGUUCUGGCUUCAGUAGUUGCUAGUGUGCCUCUUCUCCAGCAUGGAUUCUACAAGAAGGACUCCCAGCCUGCAACCUCAGAGCAGCCCCAGACUCAGGGAGUGUCCCAGGAGAUUGCCAGACACUGCAUCGUACAGGCCAGACUGUUGGCCUACAGAACAGAGGACCCUAAGGUUGGGGUUGGUGCUGUCAUUUGGGCAGAAGGGAAAUCAGGUGGUUGUGAUGGUACGGGGCGGCUGUACCUGGUGGGUUGUGGGUACAACGCCUACCCAGUGGGCUCAGAGUAUGGACAGUACCCCCAGAUGGACACCAAACAGCAGGACCGCCAGAGGAGGAAGUACCGCUACAUCAUCCACGCUGAGCAGAACGCACUCACCUUCAGGAGUGAAGAGAUCCGUGAGGAGGAGAACACCAUGCUGUUUGUGACUAAGUGUCCGUGUGAUGAGUGUGUCCCUCUGAUCCGAGGAGCUGGGAUCAAGCAGAUCUACACCACUGACCUGGACAGCGGCAAAGACAAGGGAGACAUCUCCUACCUCAGAUUCCCCGGCCUCCAAGGAGUCCUGAAGUUCAUUUGGCAGAAGUCCUCUCUAGCCAGGAGAGCCGCUGAACCUGCUGGUCUUCAUCUAGCCAAUGGAUGUGAGGGGAAGCAUGGGAGACAGCCUGAACAGGCCCUUCAAUCCAAUAAGAGGUUACGGUCGGCAACAAAUCCAGACCUUUCCCCUGUUUGUUGAACAAUGGUACCUGUAGCUUUCAGUCUGGUUUCACCAGGCUACGGUCCCCAGGCUCUUGUUGGCAUUGGAAACGUUUAAUUUAUCCAAUCGCAUAUUGAUCAGUGAUUCAAGUAAGAAAGGAUGCAUUUUAACUUCUUGGCGCACCCAUCCCGUUAGCGGGAUCAUUUUCGUCAACAUCCUCUCAAUUGCAGAGCGCCAAAUUCAAAUUAAAUUACUAAAAAUAUUACAUUUUCAUGAAAUCACAAGUGCAAUAUAGCAAACACAGGGAAAUAGGGAAAGGAAUCUGGUUGAUAUCCCUUUAAAUGGAGGGAAGGCAUGCAAUGGAACUCGGAGAUUUGUCUUCGGCACUUCCUUGUUGGAUUUUACUCAGGUUUUCGCCUGCAAUAUCAGUUCUGUUAUACUCAGACAAUAUUUAGAAAGUUUUGGAAACUUGAGUGUUUAUCCUAAUCUGACAAUUAUAUGCAUAUUCUGGGCCUGAGAAAUAGGUAGUUUCAUUUGGGUAUGUUUUUCAUCCAAACAUCAAAAUACUGCCCCCUACACUCAACAGGUUAAAAAUGUUGGAAAUUCAAAGGCCUCUUCAUACUCCCCUGUAAUGGACAGUUUCAAGGAGAUUUUAAAGGACUGACUGUAUAUUCAAAGGAAAUCGUACUAGGUAGAUUUUUUAAAAUUGCAAAGCUUGUAUGUAUAAGUGAACUGUAAAUGCGUGUUUCCUAAUUGUUUGUCUGAAGAGUUUACAAUGAAAGUUGUAUGGAGGCUAUUGUUGAUUGUAGCUUUACGUUUACUAUAGUUCUUCCAGACUUGAAGAAUCCAAGUCACAUUCCAGCAAGUGCAGGCUACCACCACUAUAUUGCACUUUGCCUCAAAGGAUACUAACUCAAAGACCCG